AUGCCCGACGCAGGAGGAGAGACUUCCCGGCCAUCUUGGCCACAGUAUGUGGCAGCCUGGGCGAAGGCAGAUGUUGCCAUCCCCUCCGAGGAUCGCCGAUCCAUAUACACAGCCACGGUCCUCCAGAACACUUUGCACAUCGCAUCUUAUGAUGGGCUUCGGCCAAACACAGUGCAGGACAGCAACGGCACCGACAUAUCUGGCUUGGCAGCACCUCCGCCACCAAAGAAGAAGAAGGCUGAUCUUCCUUUGAGCUUUGGCCGCGCACUGGCACCUCGGCCUUUGGCUCUGGUACUGGCAUCGAUUGAGGCUUCCGAGGUCUUGCUGGUCCUGCUGUCGUUUGGCCAGCUUUUAAUGGUUAAUGUUCAGCAUCUUGGCAUUGAGUCAAUCUUGGGAGUGUUCCCCGAGGUGAGCGACGACCAUGGAGCCGGAUCGGCGCUGUGUUUCAUGCACGAGCUUGGAUGGGCUGUCGUAGCGGCAGGCUCAAAGCUUGGACUUGCAGAAAUUUACCCUCCCGCGGCCGACAGUAGCAUUGGAAGCAGUCCCAAGGCCUUUGACUUGCCAAAGGGCAUGUCGGCUUCAAUGGUGAUGACGUAUCCCGAGGAGCGUUCAAUGAUUUUGGUCGGCACUUCCACGGGCCACAUGCUGCUCUACACAGGUGCUGUGGCAUCCAAAGGGCAGGCCCGACGGCUGAAUCUGGUCUUGGUGCAAACGCUCGACAUCGCCGGUGCAGUGUCACCAAAAGGCCCGCCUAGCACCCUGCGCUCACGAGUCGGGAGUUUUGUGAGGGGCCAAAGCUUUGCCUCGCCGCGAAGUGGCCGAGGCGAAGGUGGGAUCAGCGAUGCCUUUGCUUCGGCAGCUGGCGAGGCCAGUGCAGAUGGCAUGCUGGUGGCUGCGGGCAGUCUUGGGAGUGGACCGGGAAGUAUACUGGGCAUUUGGACGGCGAUCGAUGGCUUGAAGGAAACUUUGAGUACAACGACACGCUCAAGGUCGCCGGCAAGGUCUCCAAGCGCUGCCAUGUUUCAACACUCGGCAUCCGCCAAAUGCUUGACAAAGAUCCUGCGACUUGUCUUCAUCCCGGCAAGCCGUGCAGGAGGCAGUUGCUCGAUCAUCGUCUCCCUGGACGGCUUUGGUGAUAUUACAUUGUGGAUGGCAAGGUCUGACCAGCUGAUGCCCACCUGCAUCGUUCCGGGGCGGUGCUCCUUUGAGGUGGCGUCUGCUCGAAGCUUCGCCAUUGCAGGGUCCCUCUACUUGCUGGUGGGCACAGGUUCGAGGAGUACAGCCGAGAUCGGAUGGUUGGACCUUGCCGCGCUGCUGGAGCUCGCUGCAAGCUCUGGUGCUGACCUGGUGCUUCCAUAUGCUGGACACACACGCUGCUGCAGCCACAGUGCAGGUGGCGACACGUACUUUGUCAGCGGCACGUCUCUCCGCUACUACAAGGUCUCCACUGGCCGAACAGCUUCAAUUGCCGUAACCACUGGAUCCGAGGCAUGGAGGCAGCUGGUUUUGGUCCAGGAGCGUUCGUCUGGAAAUGCCAACUAUCUGCUUCUGCUGGUGCGCGAGGCAUCCCUGAACGUGGUUUGGCUGAUCAAAGCCGAGGGCGAUCUGUUGGCACGGAUCCCGGAUGCCGUGCACGCGUGCUUUGGUGGAGCUCGAGUGGCCUGGCUUAGCAGGAAGGAUUCGAAGACUUGGUUUUGCUGCGCGGAAGUUGCCUCCGCAAGAGCUGGAGCAUGUCUGAAUGCGCUUUCAUCUGUGGAAGCAGAUGGCUUGGCUGCCCUGGUUCCGACACACUGCGCGCAACUUUGCACAGUGGGUGCCAGCAGCAUGCUGGCACCAGCGAUCCGUAGCGCCCCUUCACAAAGGCUGUUCUGGGGAAGCCGCCUCUUGGGCGGCCCAUUGCAGCUUGCGAAUGCCUGGCCAGCUCAGGCUCGGGCCCCGCGGGCCCUGCGUUGCCAACUUCGGGACCCUCGCAGCUCGUCGACCAUCGAUGGGAUGGUCCUUUCAAGCCUUCAGGCCGGGAAUCACAAUUUUCCGUGCGUCAUUCUUACUGACUUACUGGAGCCAAUGUUCUUGGCCGCAGCUGCACAACCAAAAGCACCGGGGGUGCUUUUUGCGCCUUCGGACGCAGGGAACAAAUUUGUAAUGAAUGAGGGAAUUCUCAAAAGUGAAGAAAUCGGCCUGGCAUACGACAUCGAUUAUGUUCAGACGCUUUUCCUGCUUGUGAUCGGGGCCUCCGACGGGCCGACAUUCUGCGAUGAGGGUGUCGUGGGCAGUUUCCUUGCGUUGGCGGCGCCUUUUACCAUUUGGAUCGUGCGCUUACGGCUGCUGGCAGGUGACCCUUGCCUGGAUUUGCAAAGAUGGCUGGACUUGAGGGCCGCAGUUUCUGAGCAAGGGCGCGUUCUGUCUCUGGCAUGGCUGAGAGCACCAGAUACCAACUCCGCAGGUGCCAUCUUGAUUUCGACUCCUUUCAUUGUCUGCUCCUGCUGUGCAACAGCAGCUUCACCAGUGCGGGUCGUAGCUUCAUACGACAGACCUCAGCUACUGGCUUCAUCGCUGCCAGACAGGCUGCUAUCAGUGGAGCUUCAGACGGGCACUAGCCUCUUCGCUGGUCUCAGUCCGGGAGGAACUGGCUUUGCUGGCAAAUCCCAGCCCGCAGCGAGACUCCGUGCCCGCAUCAGGACACGCCCUGUCAACGUUUGGGAGGUACUUGGCACUCUUCUGCGUGAUGGUUCGUGGAUGAACGAGGUUGACUGGCGCUUAGCCCCGGCUGAGCUGCCGCAGUUUCCAGACGACUGCAAGCAGCUUUGGCCAGCAGCUGUGUGUACCGAGGCUCCUCCUCAGUUGAGAGAUGCCGCGGGAGCAGUUCUUCGAUUGGCUGCCAGUGCACAUGACGAAUUUCGAGCUCUAGCGGCAAUUCUUUGCGGCCUCAGCUCCCGCCGAGGUGGAAGUGGUGAUGCGGCUCCUGCUCGGGUGGCAGCUCAAAUUGAAGAUACCUUGCACCGCUUGUGGAGUACUCCCUCUCGCAGCCCCAUGGUGGCCACUGCAAGCUCCUGCCUGGUGGUUUGUUCCGCCCAACAAGGAACUGCCAAGUCAGAAUCUUUGGCUCUUGCCGGCAGCGGGCUCGUCAAGCACAGCAUUUUGCCAUUAGGCAUUCUGGUUCUCGCGGCGGUGCGAAGUACCAUGGCGGCAGCGCGGUCGUUUUCGGCCUCGGCCAUUCUAAGUCCCGAGAUGCUGCGGCCAACGGCAGUGCAGGCACUGGCUGCAGAGUUCCACUGGUCCGACACGUUUCAGGGCCGUGCACCACUCGCAGAGGCGCUCGUGGAAAAGGCUGCAAUCCAUCCGUCUCCACACUCUAAAGGGCUUGCACGAGAUCUGCCGGCAUCGGCCAUUCUGGAGCAGCCCUUCGGUGAUGUGCCGCCGUUGCGAAAACCCCCGCAGGCUUGUCCCCUACACACGGCGACGAUCUUGCAAUGGCUGGGGCUCGGGUCCACGCAGGUGCAGGUGCGCUCCUUCAAGGCCAUCCAGCAGGAAGCAGAGGAGAGUCCCAGCAGCGAAGAAAGUCCCGGGCGUGGGGACAGGGAGCCUGUGAUGCUUUCCAGUGGGCUGCUGGUGUAUUGGCGCUGCGCUGAUGGCGAGGGCAGCUCCUUGCGGGAUAGUGGUGGCUGCGGCCGACCAGGAGCCCUCCCGCGUGGAGGCAGCUGGCUAGGCCCCCUGAGCCCUGAUGAUCCUAUGGAGCCAACAGACGAGUGGGGGCAGGUGCUCUUACCCAACUUCGCCGUCCAGCUGAGCAAAGCUGAGCUAAGCUAUACUGCUUCCAGCAUCAGCGAUCGCCAGCAGCUCGCCCUUGUUGGCGGUGCACGAGGUCGAGAGCAGGUGCCGUCUUCCAGAAACAUAGAAGCUUCUGUCUUGGAGACCCCGAACCCCUCUGCUUUCGAAGCAUUCGAACGGGGACAGCUCACAGAGAAGAAGCUGCUCCAGACAGAUCCAGAUCCGGGGGGGCUUGGGGACCUUCCUUCAAAGCACAACUUCAAGGCUCAGUGGCAAGUUGUCCUGCAUGCUUCUGCGCCUCACAGAAGCGUGCUGCAAGCCGAGUGCCAGACGUGGCCGGGAACUUGA